UUUCCCAUGCCUUUCUCCCCAAGGGCACUCUGGGAAAUGUAGUGUGCGCGGCCUGAUUGGUGGUGGGAAGGGGCGUGGUGCCAGGGGCAUGCCGGGAGUCGUAGUCCUGGCGGGCGGGCAUACCCACCAGUGCAAGAGGAAGGCAAGGAUGUCGUUCAAGAGGGAAGGAGACGACUCCAGCCAGCUCAGUGUGCUCAAGAAAAGAAGAGUUGCUGAUCUUCUGGCUCAUUACAUCCCGGAAGACGAAGCCUUGCUUCUGAGAGAUGGCAGGUACGCCUGCACCAUGUGCUUCCACAGGCCCGUGUUUGACACUCUUGACAUGCUCGCCGUCCAUCGAUCUGGAAAGAAGCACCUGGCUAGCUUGCAGAAGUUCUACGGGAAGAAACGUUCCCUUGAGAACGAAGUACAGAAACGCCAGCACCAGGCCUACCUCCAGGCAGAGGAAAGAGGCGCCCAGGCUGCCCCGGGCCCUGCUCCUUUGCUCCUGCAGACCAAGAAAAUAGCCCAGAAUGCUUUGCUGAAAACCGCGCCGUACAACAGCUGCUGUCGACGGAACAGGUCUGCAGGAAGUGAUCCUGGCUUGGGCUGUUCAGGGACCAGUCCUGACGUCAGAGCCCCAGAGGGAGCGGAGCUGUGCAAACCUAGCAGUGCAACUCAGAGGGACAGAGACGGACCCAUCGGGGUGGACGCCACUUCCAGCGCACAUCUGCCCGGAUUGGCUCACACAGCCACAAGUUUGCAGAAAGAAACUUCUCGGAGGUGCAAGAAGACGCCCAAAGGGAAGGCCUCUUCCAUCCCGACGCCCGCUUCAGAGCCUGAAGACCUCACUCCGGAGAAGCGGCAGGCCCUGGAACAUUAUCUGCGGUUGAAAAGCUCCGGAUGGAUCCAAGAGAGCUCCGGGAAGUGGGUGAAAGACGAGAAUGUGGAGUUUGACUCUGAUGAAGAGGAGCCUCCAGGACCGGCUCUCUCUUGAUGCGAUCCCCCCCCCCCUUUUUUUCCUUCCUUCCUGAGGGAACACCCGGAAGAUGUUUUGUGCAGUUCUCCACAGACGGUGCUUUUGGAAGUGGUGUCAGCGGCGAGACAGGAAAUAGGAAUUAAAGAGCAAACGCUUUGAUAAAUAUAAAAA